AUGCAUCAAGCCUCAGUUUCUUGGCGAUGUGCGCAGGAAAGUGCAAGGGCACACGUGCUGGCCAUCGCCACGGAGUAUAGACAAGAGGCGGUUAUCCUGCAGCGGUCUGCUCGUCUACUGGGAUACAGGUUUCAGCUCUGCGGCUUCCGGGAGCGCUGGGUUGGUUGGGGUACGAAGCUGAUCCAGUAUCGGAAGGCCUUGCAAAAGGACUUGGCGAGUGGGCGGAUGGCUGCCACAGACCCAGUGUUGUUGAUCGACGGCUGGGACUGUAUGCUGAUUGGACCCGCCACUGAAUUCGUAGAGAAGAUGUCACUGCCGCCUUUCAGUGAUGGGCAUCAGCCGUGGUACGCAGGUGAACGAAUUUGCGGACCAGACUUUUUCAAGGCCAACCGAAUCGAUGCAGUGUAUCCCGAUCCAGGAACACCAUGGCGUUAUCCAAAUGCAGGUUGUAUGGCUGGGCGGGCAGAGCCAGUGCUUGAGCUCAUCAACGCCUUGCUACAGUCUUCAGGCGAUGGAGACUCAUUUCCAGAGGAUGGGGAUGACCAGGGCAGAUUGCAUGAGCACCUCCUGGAGCGCGGUGAGAGUGGACAAAGUCUCCCUUACUUCGUGGACUCCGAGUGUCGCAUUUUCCAGUGCCUUUACGAAGCAGAACCUCAGUGGAGGCUCGAACCUGCACAGGAAGGGCAGCUGUUCCCACGACUCUGCAACACGCAGACCCACCAGCAGCCGAUUGUCUUGCAUGGCAACGGGCACACUGGUCGAUGGUUUAUGUCCUGCCUUUGGCGGGAAAUGGAACUAUUGCCCAAGGUUGGCCUAACGAUCCAAGAGCUUAGUCACCUCCCUCACGACGGGCCGGUGCCACCAGGCACUGUACCCGACGAGGUGCGAGUUUAUCCUGAUGCAUUUGAGUUCAGAAUGACAAAUACUGAGCUUAAGCUCAAGCGAGAACGCAUGAUGGAUGCAUUCAGAGCAGGGAAGGCUGCUCUCGAGGAUUUGCGGCUUCCGUACUUCUUGGCAUAUGGGUCCGCCCUGUCUGCCUUGCGUGAGGGCCAGUUUCAGCCGUAUGAAGAUGAUAUUCACGUGGGCAUAUACUCCUGGGAUCUUGCCGCACUGCAGCGGCAAUGCACUGAAUGUACGGCAAAGGAGCGUGAUAGCUUGCUAAAAUCAACGUUCGACAGGUUUGGGUUCGAGCCCGUACAAGAAAUUGUGGACAAUCCGCUGCAGGCAUCGUCGGGCAACAAUGUUCAGCAGAAUCAGGCCGUCCUUGUUUGUCCGAGAUACUACAUUGCAGAGGGAUGGUCCGAUGACAUGGCCUUCCCCAUUCUGUACAAGUUCACUCAUCGAGACAGCUUCGUGCGGUUUGACCUCAUGGUCUUUACCAUGCAGUUUGGACAGCUUUGGGACUUCGCAGACGGCGGCGCAGAAACCUCGUCAGGCUGGCGGUAUAGUUUGUUUGCGCCCCAGCCGGUUGAAUUUGAGAAGAUUAUGACGUUCACUAUGCCGGCCAAGCCAUUGGAAGACCACUACGGGGAGGAUUGGCAUGUUCCCCGAGUCUAUAACUAUGUCCAGAGCUUGGCCUGCUGCAAAAAUCGCUGCCAAGUGCUCAGGGUGCAUCCCUUCGACGCGCGAAUGAGAAGGGUAGAGCUUCCACCUGCCCAGCCUUGGGAAGAGUUCAAGUCGUCAGUACGGCAAUUUCGAAUACUCUAUGCAAAGGCAAUGGCGGAUUCUGAGCACGAAUUUCCAGAACAGAAGCUUGAUCUCUACAAGCUGGAAUCGAAACCAGUUGUCCUUUUCCAGGCUGCCAGCCUUUGUAAGGAGGAGGGCAAUGCACGCUUAAAGGAAGGCAAACACAGUGGCGCGUUAGACAAGUACGACGAAGGAAUAUACAUCAUCGACAAGUGCAGAGAGGUACUCUUGACAUGGCGCCUCAUCUUCCGGCAGAUUCACAAUGAGAAAGCGGACAAGGACAGAAAAGACAGAGGCCUCAAAGUCGCAGACCUUGUUGAACCUGACAUGCCGCGUGAGUUCAGGUCUGACGAGGAUGAGGAAAGGUCCAGUCGUCUUGCUCUGCUACUGAACGCAGCGCAAGCUGCACUCCAGUGUCAGAAAUGGAGCGUGGUUGAAGCUAGGGCAUCAGCCGCGAUGGAGCUUGAGCCACACAACAAGAAAGCAUUGUACCGACGGGGCUUGGCACGAGCAUCUUCCGGAGACACCGAGGGUGCCAAAGCCGACUUCUGGGCUCUGUUGAAAGUGUCCAGCUUUGACAGCAAGGAGGCUAUCAACCAGCUCUCCAAGCUCCUGCCCAAAGAUGCGAUCAAAGCCGGGUUUCAGAAGCUGCGAAAGGAAGCUGAGAAGGAACAAAAAGUUGGCGCCCUCCUCAAGGAGCUCGACGAAGAUGAGAGGAUUGCCAUUCAGGAUGAAAGAUACGAGCGCUAUCUGGGUGAUUGUGAGCAGAGAGCUGCGGAUGGGCAGAGAGAGAUCACCUUUGACGAGUGGGCCAAGCAGUACGAAUGGCGCUACGACGCUGAGGAGCGCUUCAAGGCAAGGCAAGCACAUCCCGAGUGCUUCAACCAUACAGGGCCAGCUCCGCUGCCUGUGGAGGAUUGGGAGGUAGACUACCUGACGCACAAGGAAAUCGAAAAGAUCGUGUACAGGCGCCAAACAGAGACUUUGGCGGCCCGACGACGCCAGCGAGAGAAGGAAGCGAACUUGCCAGAGAAGAAACCCCUCUUGGAGGAUGCGUCAGGCACAAAGCUUUAUCUCGACAAGGAGGAUGAGCAGAUCCUCCGAGAUGCAGUGGUCAAGAACACCAGGGAACUACAUGCGACCUCCAUGAUCGCGCUACCAGUUGCGCAGAGCUUCCACUACCAGGAUUUUGCCACGGAGAGGAAUUGGAUGGCCACGUUCCAGCUUUACCGCAUCAUUGAGCAGCAAAUGGCCUAUGCCAGAGUUGGCAUUGAGUGGGACCCUUGGAAGAUUGCGGCUGAGCAGAAGGCUGAGCACUGGCGUGAAUACAUUUGCUCCGGCUUGGUCACACCACAGGCAGCAGCUGAAGUUUUCCUCGUCCUGGGAAUUCGUUGCUCUCACACCGCAGCAAUGUGCUUUUCCCUCUCGCGGGUGUAUGGUUGCAACAGCUUUUCUGUGGCCACGAGCUCGGACACUUUGGACCGACAGAGGGAACCAGAGGGAAGCCAGAUGUUGAGAAACCAUGAACAACUGAUGCUGGUACUCGCGGAAUUGCUAAGCUGGCCUCUUAGCGCCAUUCCCGUGGUGAGACAGGGCAUGUUUGCCUGGUGGUCAUGUCAGAACAUGAGCAUGGCCGUGGCACCCUUCACGCUUCCUGAGAGCAGCAGCGGCCCAAGCCCCGCGACGCAGAUCAAUCAGUGGGCCCACAUGGAGGAGGUGCUUCAGGACCCGGAGUUUGCCGUGCCGCUUGGUGAGGACAAUCACUUGGCCGCCAUCGCCCCCACUCCUACUCCUGAAGGCCUUCUUUUGGGCAUACGUCAAGAAGUGAGACAGAAUCGUAUCGACACGAACAGAUUAGAGGAGCGCAAGAUGGACCAGUUGUUGCAACUGGCCUGUAUCAUGGAGUGCCGCCUGGAAUGGAUGGAAAGAACCAUCCUAUCGAGACGCUUCUGA